AUGUCAUCCCAAAGAUUCUGCCUACGGUGGAACAACCACCAGACGAACCUGCUCUCCGUCUUCGAUCAGCUACUGCAUGAUGAAACCUUCAUCGACGUGACGUUGGCAGUGGAGGGCCAACAUCUGAAAGCACAUAAGAUGGUGCUGUCCGCCUGCAGUCCGUACUUCCAGCAGCUUUUCGUCAACCAUCCCGAACGACAUCCGAUCGUUAUCCUGCGCGACGUACCGUACAAGGACAUGAAGUGUCUACUGGACUUCAUGUACCGUGGCGAGGUGUCCGUCGAUCAGGAUCGCUUGGCCGCUUUUCUACGUGUGGCGGAAAGCCUUCGGAUAAAAGGGUUAACGGAAGUGAACGAUGACAAACCUAGCCCACCUCCUACAGCCGCCGCCUCAUCGGCAACAGCGGCAACAUCGGCAACUACGUCGACACAGGGAGCCACGGCAGCGCAAACAGCGACAGGUGGCGCAGUUACGGCCGCUAGAAUUCCUCCACAAUCCUCCAUCAACAACACCACAGCAGGCAGCGCAGCUUCCAAUCAAUCCCUGGCGGAUGAUGGUGUCGCUCGUUGCCCUACGCCAGCCCUCAGCAGUAUUCCCGUCGCCCCCAGCUCAACGACCCCGUUGCAAGGUAGCCAACUGAAACAGCUUCCACCUCUGCUCGCAUCGACCGGCAUCGUCACCCGUAGCCACAGCAGCCUACUGCAGCAGCAAAGCAGUAGCACCAACAGCAUGCUUCAAACGAACCCUCUGCUCGGAUCGGCCCUAUCGCAACAGAAACGUAAGCGCGGUCGCCCGCGGAAACUGUCCGGCAGCGAUGCCGGGGGCGGUGAGGGAGAGAGCUUUCUCGCCGGUGAGGACUACGACAGCAACUCGAUGGACAUCAUGGACGUGAAAAUCGCAAGCAGCGGCUCGAACUCGGGCGACGAGGAGCAUCCGUUGCGUAUCGUCACAAGCCGGUCGGAUGACGAUGGCGAUCGGGCAACCGAAGCGAUGGAUGAGGACGACGAGGACCAGGACGACGAAGAAGACGACCAAGAGCAGGACGCUUCGAUGGACGAAUCGAUGGAAGCCGGCGGUGUUGACUCGCUCGGUCCACCGAGGCUCACGAACAAUAACAACAACACGAACCACGGAGGUGGCCUCAGCAACAAAAAGCGGCGCCAAAGUAAUGUCAACGCAUCCACCAACAGUAGCAUGGGGGGCGGAAGUGGAGUUACGACGCGGAACAGCAAAACGGCAACGGCCAAUCUGCGGAACAAUGAAAACAGCAUGUCCGACUCGAAAGAUUCCUUCGCGGAAGACGAAAACUGCGGCCCGAUGGAGGAGACUUGUGGCGAAGAGGAGGAAGACAUCGGGGAGGACUCGUACGAUGAGCGCGAACUGAACUCGAGUCUCAUGGAACCGCAGCUGCUGCUGGACGAGUUCGAUGAACCGGUUGAGUUUAAGUUCGAUCCGCGCAGUGACACCGGAGCCAUCGAUUCUACAUCGUCCACCGCAAGCUACCUGCCGCCCUUGCAGCCGAAACCGGGGCUCAAGGUGGCGACCGGUGCCGGUGCCACCGGCACAACCGGCACGCGGAUGCCCCAAAUCUCAGUUGUCCCAACGACGGCCCUCCAAAUACCGAAGUUGGCCCCAUUAACGGGUACAGCGGCUGGCGGUGGUGCGAGUUUUCUCACCGGCGGAGGCAAAAGCUUGCCGAGGUUGCACAAACGGCAACGGUUGCUGGCACCAAAGAAACCGAACGGCAUGACCACCACGCAGACGAUCCUCAACAAUCUGAACAACAAUCUAACCGAAAGCCUGAUCUCAACCUCAUCGAACACCGGCGGCGGUGGGCAGAUGUCGAACGUCCUCUCCGGAAUCGGGUCGGCCGACGUGUACGACAUGUUCUCGAACAGCGUGCUGCGGUCAUCGAGCCCGCGCUCCAAUUCCAACUCGCCCUCGGUGAAGGGUAGUGGCGGCGGCGGAGGCAGCGGUGGCGAUGGCUCCCGGACGCACAAGUACGCCGUCAUCGACGACACGGAGGGUAGCGUGCGCGACUUCUGUACCAAAGAGGGUGACCACGUGUACCGGUGCAAGGUGUGUGCCCGGGUUUACACGCACAUCAGCAACUUCUGCCGGCACUACGUCACCUCGCACAAGCGCAACGUGAAGGUGUACCCGUGCCCGUUCUGUCUGAAGGAGUUUACCCGCAAAGACAACAUGACGGCGCACGUGAAGAUUAUCCACAAGCAGGAGUACGCACAGCAGGGCUCUGUCGGUGCCGGCGGAACAUCACCGGCCAGUGGUGGCGGAGGUGGGGGGAGUAAUUCCCGAGGCGAAGAAUCGAACUCCAGCUUCAGUUCCAGCAUGCUCGGUCUUGCGGCAGCGGGGAGUAAGGGUGGCAGCGACACGGCCAACGGCAGCAACAAUGCAGCAGCAUCCAGUACGGCGGCGGCGAUCAUUGCCGUGGCGAAUGCGGUCGGUCUACAGCCGAAAGCGGCGGCCACCGGGUCGAACAUUCGAAUAGUAUUUCCUUCGCUAUCCAGCAACAACACCGCGUCCAGUGGUCAAUCGUCCCCGUCCGGUGCCGCCGGUGCAGGCUCGGGCACGAUCACCAUCAAGAAGGAGUUUCAGGAGAAGUCGUCGGCUUCAUCAUCCGGUGGCAACUCACCCACGGGCUCGGUUUCAUCCAACUCGGGACUCGCAGCGCAACCGGCCACGGCUACCGUUAGCCAAUAA